UGCUCUGGAAAAUGGAGGAGGGACUGAAAAUAAUAAACAGUGAUUUAAGCGAGAUUCUAUCCAAAUUGCUUAAGUCCAAUGCAAAAURCAAGAAUGAUGACUUGCAGCACCGCAGAACUAAAAUCGCGACGCUGAUACGGCUGCAUGUGCGACACUUGCAGCAGAUCGUCAUCAUGCAUCGCCGACGUCGCCAGCAACGCGCACGACGUCGCCUCAAAAAUCUGCGCUCCUUCUUCAUGCAACAAAUGAUGCAGCUGCAGUCCAAUUAUGUUCAAAUGUUCGUCACGCUGCGUAUGAAGUACAACCAGCUGCAGAGUGCCGAGGAAAUGGAGGCUGAUAUAGAGAACAGCAUGUCUGACAAUCUGGAAACCAAAACAGACGCCCCGACGCUCUUUUGGGAGCAUAAAGUACCGAAAUAUACCGAUGAGCAGUUUCUCGAUAGCUUCCACGUGACACGCAGCACAUUCCAGUCGCUUUGCGGCCAAUUGGCGCCCACGCUGCGUUCGGUGCCCGAGCUGAAAUCGCAAUCGGAAGUGAUUCCACCCGACAAAUGUGUUGGUCUAGCGCUCUUCUUCCUGGCYAGCGGCGAGCGCAUUUCGAUUAUCUCGGAACAGUUUGCUCUGCCUCGCGCCCGCACCAUCAAAUGCUUGAAGGUCUUUUGCAACGCCGUGAUGACCAGCCUGGGCAAGGCGCUGCGCUUGCUGCCCCAGAGCGAGGCGGAUUGCGCCAAUGUUGUGGCCGGCUUCAGGCGGGAGUGCAACAUGCCGCCAGCACUGCUUGGUGUGCUGGGAGUCUGCUCCAUUCCGUUGCGCGGCAAAGGGAAACGGACUGAAGCUGGUUCGGCAUUACGCAUGGAGUUCCUGCUAGACGAUCGCAUGCUCUUCCGUGAGCUGCGUCUGGAUAACGCCAAUGGUAGUGGCAAGCAGCCUCUUCCGCCCAUGUUCGCGGUGGCACCGAAUGCAUUGACCCAGUCACCCGCCCAUCGUAUCAAUCAACGCUCGGUGCCCGCCUUUGUGCUGGCRCCAGCCAAUCAAAACUAUCCGCUUCGGCCCUGGCUGCUACAACGCUACGCCGAACCGGCAGCACCUCACGAAUACGACUUUAACGAAGUGGCCGAUCACCUCCAAGAGCUGAGCGACUCUGCCAUGCAUCGCCUCAUGUCGCGCUGGCGCUUCCUCAGCCAGCCUUUAGACAUUAGCUUCCAGACCGCCUCCUGCAUAAUCACAGCCGCAACCGUCCUUCACAAUCUGCUAGAGGAGCUGAGCGAACCGCACAUUCCCGAGUGGGGCAACUCGGUGAACGUAUUGAGAUUCAAAGCACCUCCAAUCGAGUCGAAAAUAGACAAUUCUCCGCAAGCGGAGCUGGCGCGCGACCUGCGGGACUUCCUAGCCAGAACCAUUAGUUCCACAGAAAUGUAAAUAAAGACUAGACUAAAAUAUAUACUAA